AGCAAGCAGCGCGCCGACCUCUGAAAAGGAGCAAGAUGGCAGACGCCGGUGACGGUGUUUUGCGGCAGGCAGGAGUCAACACUGCCCCGAUUUCCUUCAGCUUCAGUCGCACGUCCGCCCUGAGACGGCUGGCCGACCCGGGGGAUGGUGCUGGUGCGGCUCCUGAGGAGAAAUAUUUCUUGAAGACCGUGGAAGGAAGGGAGCUGCAGAGUGUGAAGCCCUCAGAAGCCCCCAAGGAACUCAUCAUACCUUUGAACCAGAGUGUCCAUCAUAGGCUGAAACCGACCCAUGCCCCUGGGUCAUCCACAGAUACUAAGGCCUUGGUGGAUGGUGUGCUGUCCCAGGCUGUGAAGGAGCUCAGUGAGGAAUCCAAGAAGUCUUUGGAGGAGAGAGAGAAUGCAGGUGUCAACCCCACGCUCGCUAUCCCCAUGAUCAAGAAAGGAUGCUCCCCCAACAGGGAAGGAGCAGACAGCGAACCCCAGGCUGAGACAGUGCCAGAGGAGGCCGAUUAUGAGGCUAUCCCUGUGGAGGCCUACGGGCUGGCCAUGCUGCGGGGCAUGGGCUGGAAACCUGGCGAGGGCAUUGGCUGCACCUUCAAUCAAGUGGUGAAGCCCCGUGUCAACUCACUGAGGCCCAAGGGGUUAGGGCUGGGUGCCAGCCUGACUGAGGUCCAGACUCUGGCCCCCACCAGCCCCCACUACCUGCCGAGGCCAGACGAGGAACAAAAGAAGGACAAGGAAGACCAAUCUCAAGGACUGGUGCCUGGAAGAGCUGUGGUGGUACUUUCUGGCCCUCAUCGAGGCCUCUAUGGGAAGGUGGAAGGCCUUGAUCCUGACAAUGUUCGAGCCAUGGUUCGUCUGGCUGUGGGGAGCCGCAUGGUGACUGUUAGUGAGUACUGCCUGCGGUCUGUCUCCAAGAAAGAGUUUGACAAGAACUCCUUAUACUUCGGCCAGGUGAGCAAAACUUCCCCAGGGCAACAGAAUGGAACAGCUUCAUCAUGCAAGGCCAUCCGUGAUCGGGACCCCCACAUCUGGCAGGAAGACUCAGAGAGGAAGCGGAAACACUUUCUGGACCGACAAGAUGGGCCUGCACCCAAGAGUGAGAAAGCAGCACCCAGGAGUCAGCACUGGCUGCACAGGGACCUGCGCGUGAGAUUUGUGGACAAGUUGCACAAGGGUGGCCAAUAUUACAACACAAAGAUGACAAUUGAAGAUGUCCUCAGCCCAGAUACCUGUGUGUGUCGGACAGAUGAAGACCAGAUCCUGGAAGGCCUGAGGGAAGACAUGCUGGAGACCCUGGUGCCCAAGGUCAAGGGCAACCGGGUGAUGGUAGUGCUGGGACCACAGGCUGGAAGGGUGGGCCGUUUGCUGGGCCAGGACAGAGAGCGGAGCCAGGCUCUGGUGCAGCUACGGAAAGAGAAUCAGCUGGUAGAGCUUCACUACGAUGCUGUCUGCCAGUACAUGGGCCCCAGUGACUCAGACGAAGACUAACCCAUGGACCCACUUGAGUCCCCCAAGCUGUUACCCAUUCUGUACAGAAAAGCCUACUUUCAGGAAGACGGGGAGGUGGUUGUUCCAGCCUCCACUUGCAGGGCAGCCCUGAGACAUGGCCAAGGAACAAAGUGAAUGGACUGGAAGGGAGGCUAGAAAUAAACCAAGUAUUUUCCAUAAGUUUGGAUAAUAAAAACCAUAUCAAAUAUUUAGUAAAAUGAAGAUAUAAAUGGUGUGUUGAACUGUGACUAGAGGUGAGAGCCAUUCCAUUUCUCAGCCCCACCACCCUGCUUGGGCUGCCAGACAAGAUAAAGGAUCCAUCCACUCACAGGCUCACUUGGAUUACAGAAGCUAUGAAAUCUGUUCCCUGAGCAGACACUAUGGAGUCUGGAAUGCCACAUCUCUGGACAACUUUCCUAACAAGAACCCUAGCUGUAGCUCUGCUUUUACCCUUGGUUCAGAGCAGAUACCCAGAGGGCAUUUUGAGCCAGUGAUGGGAAUCAAGAGGAAGGGAGGCUUCGAUGCACACAUGAGAUGUGUUAGCACUACGUUCCAAAGAAGCCAGUUAACUUCAGGGCACCUGUUUUAGUCCCUAGAGUUUUCCUUGCAGGUAAAAAUCUGUCUCAGGUAGCAUUUCUCUGGUUGCUUUAGGUAAUUGGAUUCUCAACAAGGCUAUUGUCAAAGACUACACAAACUUUUUGCUGUUUAAUGGCCUGAGAGACAAAAUCAGCGAGGGAAGACAGUUUUUAAAAAAUUUUAUUUUGGUAUCACUAAUCUACAAUUACAUGAGGAACAUUAUGUUUACUAGACUCCCCCCCAUUACCAAAUCCCUCACCACAUGCCCCAUUACAGUCACUGCCAUCCGCGUAGUAACAUGCUGUAGAAUCACUACUUGUCUUCUCUGUGUUACACAGCCCUCCCUGUGCCCCCCCACAUUAUACAUGCUAAUCAUAAUGCCCCUUCUUUGUUUGCCCCCUUAUCCCUUCCUUCCCACCCAUCCUCCCCUGUCCCUUUCCCUUUGGUAACUGUUAGUCCAUUCUUGGGUUCUGUGAGUCUGCUGCUGUUUUGUUCCUUCAGUUUUUUCUUUGUUCUUAUACUCCACAUAUGAGUGAAAUCAUUUGGUACUUGUCUUUCUCUGCCUGGCUUAUUUCACUGAGCAUAAUACCCUCUAGCUCCAUCCAUAUUGUUGCAAAUGGUAGGAUUUGUUUUCUUCUUAUGGCUGAAUAAUAUUCCAUUGUGUAUAUGUACCACAUCUUCUUUAUCCAUUCAUCUACUGAUGGACAUUUAGGUUGCUUCCAUUUCUUGGCUAUUGUAAAUAGUGCUGCGAUAAACAUAGGGGUGCAUAUGUCUUUUUCAAACUGGGCUGCUGCAUUCUUAGGGUAAAUUCCUAGAAGUGGAAUUCCUGGGUCAAAUGAUAUUUCUAUUUUGAGCUUUUUGAGGAACCUCCAUACUGCUUUCCACAAUGGUUGAACUAGUUUACAUUCCCACCAGCAGUGUAGGAGGGUUCCCCUUUCUCCACAACCUCACCAACAUUUGUUGUUGUUUGUCUUUUGGUUGGUGGUGAUUCUUACUGGUGUGAGGUGAUAUCUCAUUGUGGUUUUAAUUUGCAUUUCUCUGAUGACUAGCAAUGUGGAGCAUCUUUUCAUGUAUUUGUUGGCCAUCUGAAUUUCUUCUUUGGAGAACUGUCUGUUCAGCUCCUCUGCCCAUUUUUUAAUUGGAUUAUUUGCUUUUUGUUUGUUGAGGUGUGUGAGCUCUUUAUAUAUUUUGGAUGUCAACCCUUUAUUGGAUCUGUAAUUUAUGCAUAUAUUCUCCCAUACUGUAGGAUGCCUUUUUGUUCUAUUGGUGGUGUCCUUUGCUGUACAGAAGAAGCUUUUCAGCAUGAUAUAGUCCCACUUGUUCAUUUUUGCUUUUGUUUCCCUUGCCCAGGGAGAUAUGUUCAUGAAGAGGUCGCUCAUGUUUAUGUCCAAGAGAUUUCUGCCUAUGUUUUUUUCUAAGAGUUUUAUGGUUUCAUGACUUACAUUCAGGUCUUUGAUCCAUUUCUAAUUUACUUUUGUGUAUGGGGUUAGACAGUGAUCCAGUUUCAUUCUCUUACUUGUAGCUGUCCAGUUUUGCCAACACCAGCUGUUGAAGAGGCUGUCAUUUCUCCAUUGUAUGUCCAUAGCUCCUUUAUCAUAUAUUAAUUGACCGUAUAUGUUUGGGUUAAUAUGGGAAGACAGUUUUAGGCACAAUUAUUUUUAAAUCAUCCUCAAUCACUAAGUCAUUGGUAAAGCAAGUGGUAUUUGAGUUAGAUCUAGGCCACUCAGAUCAGCUCCUGUCAGAGCAUGGCACAGUGUCGGAGAAUUUAACACUUAAACUCCUAGAGCAAGAUAAUACAAGUAAAGCUGCCAUCCCGUCAGGCAGAAGCAGACUGCUGUUCACAGCCCAAAUGAGCAGGUAUAGAAAAACUAUGAGUUGGCCAGAUCAAUGGCCAUGUGCCCAGUAAGGUAAGGGAUGAUUAGAAACUUUACAAGAGAGUAACCCCAACAUGAAGUACAUUUGUACAGGCUGAUUUACUUAUUUUACCAUCCCUAAUUAAUUAAUUCCAGAACUCAAAUGGUUUCAAGAUUGGACAGCAGGGUUAAGAAGGACAGUGGGGGACAAGCUACCACUCCCAGUUGCUCCAGUUCCUGAGCAAUUGUGAUUGUACACACUGCCUCCAGAAUUACAGGCUGGGUUGUAUUUUUUUAAUUGAAGUACAGUUGAUAUACAGUUUAGUUUCAAGUAUACAACACAGUGAUUCAACAGUUACCCACAUCAUUAAAUCUUCACCCCAACUGCACAGUUACUGUCAACAUAGAAAAGAUGUUACAGAAUCAUGGGCCGUAUUCUCCAUGGUGUACUACUAUCCCCGUGACCAACUUUUAUUAUGACUGGGAAUUUUUGUGCCUCAAUCCUCCUCACCCUCACCACCUACCCACACUAACCCCUCUCCUAUGGUAACUACCAGUCACUUCUCAGUGUCUACUUCCAUUUUGUCCAUUUUGUUUUGUUGUUAGAUUCCAGAAGUAAGUGAAAACAUAACACGGUGUUUGUCUUCUCUGCUUGGCUUAUUUCACUUAGCAUAAUACCCUCUAGAUCCAUCCAUGUCCCAAAUGGCAGGAUUUCUUUCUUUUUUAUGUUUGAAUAAUAUUCCAUUGUGUACAUGUGCCACAACUUCUUUAUCCAUUCAUCUAUGGAUGGACACUUUGGUUGCUUCCAUAUCUGGGCUAUUGUAAAUAAUGUGGCAAUAAACAUAGGGAUGCAUAUAUCAUUUUGAAUCAGGAAUUUUGUUUUCUUUGAAUAAAUUCCCAGAAGUGGAAUUACAGGGUCAAAAUGGUAUUUCUAUUUUUAGUUUUUUGAGGAACCUCCAUUACUGUUUUCUAUAGUGGCUACACCAAUUUACAUUACCACGAACAGUGUAGAAGGGUUCCUAUUUCUCCACAUCCUUGCUAACCUUGUUAUUUCUUCUCUUUUGAUAGUGGACAUUCUGAUGGGUGCAAGGUGAUAUCUCAUUGUGGUUUUGAUUUGCAUUUCCCUGAGGAUUAACAAUGUGGAGCAUCUUUUCACAUGCCUAUUGAUCAUCUGUGUUUCUUCUUUGGAAAAAUUUUCAUGUCCUACCCCCAUUUUUAAUCAGGUUAUUUAUUUUUCUGGUGUUGAGGCAUAUGAGUUCUUAAUAUAUUUUGGGUGUUAACCUCUUAUCAGAUAAAUCAUUUACAAAUAUAUUCUCAAACUGUAGGUUGCCUUUUGAUGGUUGCCUACCUCUGUUGAUGGUGUCUUGCUGUACAGAAGCUUUUUUAGUUUUAUGUAGUCCAACUUGUUCACAUUUUGUUUCCCUUGCCUUGGGAGGUGUGUCCAGAAAAAAAUUGUUCAUGCUUAUGUUCAAGAGAUUUUUGCAUGUUUCUUCUAAAAGUUUUAUGAUUUUGUAUCUUAAAUUUAGGUCUUUAAUCCAUUUUGAGUUUUCAUUUGUAUAUGUAGACAGUGAUCCAGUUUCAUUCUCUUGCAUAUAGCUGUCUAGUUUUCCCAACACCAGUUAUUGAAGAGGCUGUCUUUUCCCCAUUGUAUAUUCAUGGCUCCUUUAUGUAUAUUAAUUGACCAUAUAUGCAUGGGUUUAUAUCUGGGCUGUCUAUUCUGUUCCAUUGAUCUGUGGGUCUUUUCUUGUGCCAGUGCCAAACCGUUUUGAUUACUGUAACUUUGUAGUAGAGCUUGAAGUCAGGGAGUAUGAUACUCCCAGCUUUGUUUUUCUUUCUCAGGAUGGCUUUGGCUAUUUGGGGUCUUGUGUGGGUCCAUAUGAAUUUUUAGGAUUAUUUGCUCUAGUUCAUUGAAAAAUGCUGUUGGUAUUUUGAAAGGGUUUGCACUGAAUCUUUAAAUUGCUUUGGGCAGGAUGGCCAUUUUGACAAUAUUAAUUCUUUCUAUCCAUGAGUAUGGGAUAGAUUUCCACUUAUUUGUAUCUUUUAUUUCUCUCAUCAGUGCUUUAAUAGUUUUCAGAAUACAGGUCUUUCACUCCUUGGUUAGUUUAUUCCUAGGUAUUUUAAUCUCUUUGAUGUAGUUGUAAAUGGAGUUGUUUCCCUGAUUUCUCUUUCUCCUAGCUCAUUGUUAGUAUAUAGAGGAAUAUAACAGAUUUCUAUGUAUUUUGUAUCCUGCAGUUUUGCUGAAUCCAGUUAUUAGUUCUAAUAGUUUUUUGGUGGAGUCUUUAGGGUUUUCUAUAUAUAGUAUCAUGUCAUCUGCAAAUAGUGAAAGUUUUCAUUCUUCCUUACCAAUCUGGAUGCCUUUUAUCUCUUCAUCUUGUCUGACUGCUGUGGCUAGGACUUACAGUGCUAUGUUGAAUAAAAGUGGUGAGUGGUCAUUCUUGCCUUGUUCCUGAUCUUAGAGGAAAGGCUUUCAGCUUUUGAGUAUGCCAUUGGGUAUGGUGUUAGCUGUGGCUUAUCAUAUAUGGCCCUUACUACAUUGAGGUACUUAACCUUUAUGCCCAUUUUGUUGAGAGUUUUUAUCAUGAAUGGAUGUUGAAUUUUGUCAAAUGCCUUUUCAAGCAUCUAUUGAGAUGAUCAUAUGGUUUUUAUCUUUCUUUUUGUUAAUAUGAUGUAUCAUGUUGAUUAAUUUAUGAAUACUGUACCAUUCUUGCAUCCCUGAAAUAAAUCCCACUUGGUCAUGA